AUGGAACCUCCACGCACCUCCCGGCUCCUGGACCCCACGUCCGCUAUCAGCGCCAUCACGAAACACAAAGCAGAGGCCAUCAAGCUCGCGAGAGAGCAGGCUACUGCGGUCCAGGAAAUGUGCCGGCGAGCCAAAACCGAAGCUCCACCCUACGAAUUCGAAGAACUGAUUGGCAAAGGCACUUACGGUCGCGUAUACAAGGGCCACUCGCUUCCAUCAGAAAAAGUCGUUGCAAUCAAAGUCAUGGACAUUGAUUCUCUAGACUAUAAGUCUGUCCGCGAUAUGAAGGAUGAGUCGAUCAAGGAUUUUAUUCAUGAGACCAAAGUCAUGAAACAGGUCAAGGAUGCGGGCGCAAAGAACAUCAACGAACUGAUCGAAGCUAUCUCAAUUCACUCGCAACUGUGGUUAGUCUGCGAGUACUGUCCUGGUGGCAGUGUUCGAACUUUGAUGCGAGCGACAAAUGAUCGACUUGACGAAAAAUUCGCAAUUCCAGUGGCACGCGAGCUUGCUGCUGGUUUACGUGCAAUCCACGAUGCGGCUGCCAACGUCUUGAUUCAUGAAGAAGGUCGUCUACAAAUCUGCGAUUUUGGUGUCGCUGGUGUUCUACAGUCUCAGUUAGAUAAGCGAUCAACCUGGAUAGGAACACCCCACUGGAUGCCACCGGAGAUGUUCUCUACUCGUGGUCAGGCUCAUCAAUAUGGCAGCGAGAUCGAUGUUUGGGCUUACGGAUGUACCUUAUUUGAACUGGCGACUGGAAACCCACCAAACGCCAAUCUGCGCGAAAGGAUGCAAAUCGGCAGGCAGCUGAACCGGAAGACCCCGAAGCUUGAAAAUGAGAAGUACAGCGAUGGUCUUAAAAGCCUUGUUGCGUUCUCCCUUGAAUCCGAUCCUUUCCGCCGACCUACAAUGGUAGAUGUGCAACAGCAUCCUUAUAUUGCCAACUCGGAAGAAGAAUACCCUACAUCCUCUCUCAGUGAACUGGUCCGAAUCUAUUAUCAAUGGUCGCAGCGAGGCGGCCAGAGGAUCUCUCUCUUCCAUCCAGGCGGUGCCGCAGCUGCAGAGAUGCCUGGUGCACCUUCAGACGUGGAGGAAGACUGGAAUUUCAGCACCACGGAUGGUUUCGAAAAGAGAUUCUCUAUCAUUGAUCUGGACCAGAUAGCUGCCUCUCUGGCUGAAAUGGAAGAAGAAAUCAGUCCCACCAAGACCCAGCCCAACCAGGACGCCUUUGAUGAGCUCACUGCUACCGCAAUGACUAAAGAAGAUCAAGUCAACUUCGACGAACGUGUCCGUCGAGGUGCAGAGGCUAUGGAAGGACUUUUCAACGAAGAAAUGCCCAGCUACACAUACGAAACCAAAAAUGACUUUGUGCCCUUUGAGGACAAGCCGGUGUCUGAUCUGCCGCUUCGCACCGAAACCGAUCGGUCUUCUGUUACUUCUACAUUUAUUGAUAUUGAUAUUGGCUCAUUCGACUCAUCGCAUUAUGCUGCCGGGGCCUCUUCUGCCCAGCCGUUCCAGCUCGCUGAUGCUGAUACCAUCCGAGCCAACAGGUCCAGUGGCCGUGCGCACCGCAAUUCAAAUGAGAGUCGCUCUCGCUCUUCAAGCAGUGGAUUCAGCAGUAACCGUGACCCCGAAGAUGUCCCCUUUCAGCCCCAGACUGGACCGCGUCCCCCUACGAUGGACUGGAAGUUCCCUGUCUUCAUGCAACCACCUCAGGAAGAAGAGACCGAAGCCGAGGCAGAGAAAGAGGCGCCUUCCCCCCCUGAGCCGGCUCCCACCGAGCCUGACCUAGCGACAAGGCGGGCAACUAUGGAAUGGACGUUCCCCGUCAUGACGGCGGCCGCGGAUGGGCAGGAAAACAGCGACAGCGCGGUGGAUCCGGCUCGCUACGACACUCUCCGCGCUCCUGUGCUCGAACUUGAGCCGUCGGCCACCAUCCGUCCUUCUAGCAUCGGCGAGCCAGGCGACUCUCGGCCCUCUACAUCGGCAUCUGCCAAGUCGAGCAUCUCCAUAAGCUCGGACACGGAUUACGAUCCGUUCCGCUUCGAUCGUCCCGCGGGAUCCCCAGAGGCCAGCUUCGACAACAACGAGUUCCCGGAGAUAAUCGAAUCAAGCGAUUAUGCGGAAGACGACCGUUCGUCGGUCCUUGAUGGACCUGGGCCAGACGAAGAAGAGAGUCCCCAGGAGCCGUUCCCAGCGGCUCACCCCGAGCCUUUGCCCACGGCUCGGCGUGAGCCUCCGCUGACCGCCAGGCCGGGAAUUGAAUCGAUUCAGUUCCCGACCUUGCUGCCCCCUCGUUCCGAGGUCCUCAUUGAGGGGGCCGGCGAAGGGGAGGUGACGGCGGAGCUGGAUCGGCUCCUGGGUGACUUUUUACAGGCCCUCUCUGCGACCGGCGAGGCGCUUGCGAAGACAACCAUCGAGGCUGAGUCCACACAUGAUAGGGACUCGGCCUCGAUGGGACAAGAGUGA